AUGGCGUAUGCUAUGAUGGAGAAAUCUCCCCGGUCGUCAUUGUCGUCACUGUCGUCGGAAAAGGCCACCGCGGAGCCCGAGAUUGAGGAUCUGCUGGAGCACAAGGCGGGGUCCGGCAGAAUCAGAUGGUCUCCCAGACUAUCCAUCACGCUCUCCUUUUCCGUAUUGCUUAACGCAGCGCUCAUCGCCGCUCUCGCGAUCCUUCUACGGGGACGCCAUGGGCCGAGCCGGCCUCCGUGGGUGCCGCCAGAGAGGGUCGACAAACACAUCUUUCUAUCCCAACCGAUAUUCGGCCAGGGGCCCAAUGACACUACCGAGGACAGGUGGGCCAUGUUGAUGCCAAAAGGCAACGGCUGGAUCAACGUGACAGUAGACGAUGGCGAGCUGCCUUACAUGCCAGGGCUAGACCGUUCUUUGCCCGAGCAAAAGGCGCGCUUAUCUGUCUUUCACCAACUGCAUUGCCUGUACAUGGCAAGAGAUGCAUUCAUCCAUGCGCGGGAUGGACAUGUGGAGAGAGUCAACGUCGCCCACUUAUCGGAGUGCUGGGACUAUCUCCGCCAGGGCAUCAUGUGUGCGGGUGACACGACACUCGAGUGGAAGCAGGCCAACGCGAGUGGGAGCGAGUUCUGGGGAUAUCAGCACAAUUGUAAAGACUACGCGCUGCUAUUUAUGUUUGCGGAGCAGUAUCGCGCCACGGAGGACCACUCGCUCCGGGGUGAGUAUUGA